AUGGAUCUGCAGGGCUUGUCGGACUGGACUGUGCGGCCUUCGCAAAGGCACCUCUCGUCCAACAGCAAAUACUUCCAGGUCUCAGAAGAAGUGCAACAGGCCCUUGCGGAGAAGAAGCCAGUAGUGGCGUUGGAAAGCACAAUCUACACCCAUGGCUUCCCCUACCCAGAAAACUUAACACUCGCAUCACGACUAGAGUCCCUCGUCAGAUUGAAUGGAGGAGUCCCAGCUACCAUUGGUAUCCUCGACGGGGUGGCUCGAGUGGGACUUGGCGCAGACGAGCUUGUUCGUCUCGUAGCGACUCCAGCUGCGAAGAUUUCACGGCGUGACUUUGGGUUUGUCCUGGGCAUGAAAGAUGCCCAAGGCAAGUCGUUGAACGGCGGCACCACAGUUUCCGGUACGAUGGUUCUGGCUCACAAAGCUGGCAUCAGAAUAUUCGGCACUGGUGGCCUCGGCGGUGUUCAUAGAGGUGCAGAUCAGACUAUGGAUGUGUCUGCUGAUUUGACAGAGCUGGGAAGGACUCCAGUCGCAGUCAUCAGCUCUGGAUGCAAGUCGUUUCUUGACAUCCCAAAAACAUUGGAGUAUCUGGAAACGCAGGGUGUUGCAGUAGCCACAUUUGCAGAUGGUCGAUCUGGACAAGUGGACUUCCCUGCGUUCUACACCCGCGAUUCCGGUAUCAAGUCAUCCCAAGUUCUUCAUACCGAAGAGGAUGCUGCACGAAUCAUACUGGCGCAACAUGCCCUUGGACUCCAGUCCGGCUUGCACUUUGCCAACCCCAUACCAGAGGAGCACUCUGUGCCAUUUGAGGUAAUGGAGACAGCUAUCGAGGAGGCAUUGAAAGCAGCUCUAGCUGCUGGUGCAACAGGAGCUGCCAGCACGCCUUAUAUACUCGCCAAGAUCAAAGAUAUCACUGGCGAUAAGAGUGUAGAAGCGAACAAGGCUCUAGUAGAGGCGAACGUCAUCCGAGCAACAAAGGUGGCUAUGGCUCUACGAUCCUCACAAACCGACCGCAAGCCCAAUGUCUUCGUCGCUGGAAGUCUUGCUGUCGACCUAGCUUGCGACUUCAAUCCAAAGACUGGUUCUUCUCUGCUGUCACCUGAACUCAAGACGUCAAACCCAGCCAAGAUCGCUCAAUCAUUAGGCGGUGUCGGCCACAAUGUAGCUCGUGCUGCCCACCUCAUGGGUGCCACUGUACGCUUAUGUAGUGCAAUCGGCGACGAUCUAACGGGAAAAGCAGCAUUGGAAGCACUCUCUGCAGCAAAAAUGUCCACAAAAGGCAUUAGCGUUCUUCCAACCGACUCGGGCAGUCGAACUGCACAAUACAUAGCAGUGAACGACACCAGCAAAGAUCUGGUAGUUGCCAUGGCAGACAUGAGCAUCCUUGAAACCCCCUCGGACUCCUCAUCCACCCUGACAGAAACCUUCCACAACUUCUGGCUUCCCCAACUCGAAUCCGCCCGUCCUUCCCACGUCGUCCUAGACGGCAACUGGUCCCCCGAAUAUCUCUCCCUCUGGCUGCAAGCGGCCAACAAGAUCCACGCGCACAUCACAUUCGAACCCGUCUCCAAUAUCAAAUCCACCGGAAUUUUCCACCUCCCUUCUUCCCCUUCUCCCACCUCCUCUUCCUCCUCCUCCUCCUCCCCCUCCUAUAAACUCGGCACUUUCCCCCACAACUCCAUCCACCUCACCACCCCCAACGCCUACGAACUCAACGCCAUGUACACCUCCGGCCGAGAAUCCGGUCUCUUCUCCACUCCGCACUGGUGGUCCAUCAUCGACGCCCUCGGAAUCCCUCACUCGGGCGCACGAGCCCAACUCACCUUCGCGACAUCCAAACGCCUCGUAGACGAAGGCAUUCCACAACAAAGCAUCCAACUCCUCCCUUAUAUCCCCACCGUCUGCUGCAAACUCGGAUCCGAGGGUGUGUUAUUGACGCAGAUUCUGCCUGCGGGGGAUGAACGGUUGAACCAUCCCGAGUAUGCGCCGCAUAUUCUGGCGAGAUGUACAAAUGGCACGGAGGAUAGUGUGGGAGUGGGUGGGGUGUAUAUGAGGUUGUUUCCUGCGGUGGAGGAGGUCGAGGGAGAGCAUGUGGUGAGUGUGAAUGGGGUGGGGGAUACGUUUGUGGGGACGAUUGUUGCGGGGCUGGCUGCGCAGAAGAGGGACGACGGUACUGCUGCUGGGAGAGUGGAGGAUUUCAUUGAUAUUGCGCAACGAGCGGCGGUGUUGACGUUGAAGAGUAAGGAAUCUGUCAGUCCAGGGUUGGGCACGUUGAGGAUGUUGUUGUAAAUGAGAAGAGAGAAAAGAUCAUAGGGAUAUCGAUGUGCAUACUGUUCAAGAAUUAAAUAACAAUCAACGUUACUUGCUCGUGACCCAAGAGCAAAACCAUACGCCAUUACAGUCCGACGCAUUCCAGGGUAUCCAAAAAAAGAAAAGAAACAUUUCGUCAAGUCGUAUACCAUGCAGACACGAAGCCCUGCCUUCCUGCCAUCAUUACUAUUACUCCUCCUCGGUCAACACAUCUCGAGCAUAGCCAUUCGCCUUCUCGCUCCUGAUUCUUCCUGCAAAUUGCGGCGUCCACCUUCCUGUGAACAGUGCCUCGCGUUCGUCUUCAUCGUCGCUGUCGAAUUCCACUUGUUCUUCCUGAGGUGCCUCUAAACUUGUAGGCGGAUAGGUAGAAGUGGCAGCACUGUACCUCCUACUACCCAGCGCUUCACCAUCCUCAAUUGCAUCAGUGUCCGUGGCAGUUUCCCACGUACUGCUUCUACAGACCCUCUUGGUCUCCAGUAUGAACUUUCCAAUCUUGUACUUUUGCCCAUCAUCUUCCGCGUGGAUAUACUUCCAUCCCAGAACACUCCCACAUUGUGAGCAGGAGAUGUCUCCGACAGUGUGAGCGCCGGUGACCAGUUGUCUUGGAACUGGUUUGUGCGUAUACGUGUUCGGUAAGUUGGGCAAAGCAUCGUUGCGUGCUUUCGCAGUCAUGCAGUUCGAGGUGGUCAUGGGACCCGCUGACAGCGUGCUCGAUGGCGAAGGUGCCACGAGAUAGGCGCGUCCAUGCCGACCUGUGAAGCCUUUGCUGAUGAUCUGGCUGCUGAGAGCUAAGUCUGAGAGACAGCGAGCGCAACGCAGGUGAGAUUCAUGACCGUUUAGGUAGGCAUCGUUGUCAGUAGUAGCUGUGCUUGAGGAGAUGGCAGUGGUCAGAGUGGAGGCGUUGCUAUCGGUGCUGGAUUUGCGCCGGCGGAAGGAGAGAGACGGGAUGAGAUACGUGGGGAACAAGGUCGGAGGCGAGGGCAAUGGCAUAUCGCUCUCGCUGUCCUGUUGCUCUUGGAUGUGGUAUGUAGGCCUAGAGAAUGGUAUGUGGUACGAUAAGUGCGCGACCAGCCAGUUCGCGAGCCGUUUCUACCAGCGCAUAUUCGAAGAGCGUAGGUAGGACGGCGUGAGGAUAUCAGCUUUGAGUGUGGCUACAGUCAGUCAGUACCCGACCUAGGAGGUAGGUUAAUGUAGGC